CGCUCUUCUACAACAUCUAAUCGUCAGAUUUAGCGAGAUCCAUUUUUGGUUUCCCCUGCAAUUUUCUCCGAUAGUGUACACCAGAAGAGGCUACAUAGCUUGCACGAAAGUUUAACUAGCACAAUGGUGAAGAUUUGCUGCAUUGGAGCUGGAUAUGUCGGUGGUCCAACCAUGGCGGUCAUUGCUCUAAAAUGCCCAUCUGUUGAAGUAGCCGUUGUUGAUAUCUCUGUGCCGAGGAUCAACGCCUGGAACAGCGAUCAGCUCCCUAUCUACGAGCCUGGUCUUGAUGACGUGGUUAAACAGUGCCGUGGAAAGAAUCUCUUCUUCAGCACCGAUGUUGAGAAACACGUGAGAGAGGCCGACAUUGUAUUCGUCUCUGUCAACACCCCGACCAAGACUCGUGGUCUCGGAGCGGGGAAAGCUGCGGACUUGACUUACUGGGAGAGCGCGGCACGUAUGAUCGCUGAUGUCUCUGUUUCCGACAAGAUCGUUGUCGAGAAAUCGACUGUCCCUGUCAAAACCGCAGAGGCCAUCGAGAAGAUUCUCACGCACAACAGCAAAGGGAUCAAGUUCCAGAUCCUCUCCAACCCUGAGUUUCUCGCUGAAGGAACCGCCAUCGAAGACCUUUUCAAACCGGACCGUGUCCUCAUCGGUGGUCGUGAGACUCCCGAAGGGUUUGCAGCUGUGAAAGCCUUGAAAGAUGUUUAUUCCCAAUGGGUCCCCGAAGAGAGGAUCCUCACCACCAAUCUCUGGUCAGCCGAGCUUUCAAAGCUUGCAGCUAACGCCUUCUUAGCACAGAGGAUCUCAUCGGUGAACGCAAUGUCUGCUCUCUGUGAAGCAACCGGCGCCAACGUCUCGGAAGUUUCUUACGCCGUCGGUAAAGACUCACGGAUCGGUCCCAAGUUCUUGAACUCGAGCGUCGGGUUCGGAGGAUCUUGUUUCCAGAAAGACAGGCCCUGUUCGUUUGCAGGUCGCUAGCGUCAGCGACCAGUUCCAGCGUCUAAACGUUGUUCGUUUGGUGGUCGCUGGUUCUGCGACCGAUCGCUGCGACCAGACGCUAGCGUUCGGCGUUUGAAAAUUUCGGUCGCCGCAAAUUUCAGCGUCGCGAUAGAGAUCAGCGAUCAAAAAAAUAAAAUA